AACGGACGGAGAAUCAGUAGGGACAAACACGAAAGUGUAUUUAUGCUUUCGCUUUUUCUACUAGGGAAGGUAGAAGAGGAGAGAUGAGUUGGUUGGUAGAAAUGUUGAGCCGCCAAUUGGAUGGUGGUUUGCAGAAGAUUUCUGAUUGGCCUGUUACCACACAAGCGGCAGUGGCAGCUGCAGGAGGCAGGAGAGCAACAGAAAGAGAGAGAGAGCGGUACAGAGAGACAGGAGGAGAGCUCGGAGUAAUCGUAGGAGGAAAGAGGACAGAGAAGGGAACUUGUGUCAGCGUGGGAGCUGAAGCAGGAGAAUGACAUGCUGAAGAAAGGGGGAGCAAUGAUGUCCAGUACCACAUUCAAAAUGUCCAGGUCACAGUGAGAGCAUCCUGUCAUAACAACACUAGUUCCAUCAAGAUCCAUCAGAAAAAGCAGACAGCAUGCAGAACCUCCGGCACGCAGCUUCUGAGGCUUUCCAGCGUCUCGGGUUAAAACAAAGACAUCUGGGCUAUGAGGAGCUGGGAGAGCUGGACGGGGUGGAGAAACCACAGCCGCACUGGUUUCACACGCUGCAGGUGCGGCGGCUCCGGGUUCAGAGGGGCCGCAGUAACAGCGAUCCUAUGGGAGGAAAGAGCUUCCAGCAAGAGUUCCAGUGGAAAACUGGCCUGCAGUUUGGGAAUGCAACAUCUUAUCUUAAUCUUGAAAAACUUGGCGAGGGCACAUAUGCCACAGUGUACAAAGGAAUUAGCAGGAUAAACGGUCAUCUUGUGGCUUUAAAGGUGAUUCACAUGAAAACUGAGGAAGGAAUUCCAUUCACAGCUAUUAGAGAAGCCUCCUUGUUAAAGGGCCUUAAACAUGCCAACAUCGUCUUGCUUCACGAUAUCAUCCACACGCGAGAGUCUCUCACCUUUGUCUUCGAGUAUGUGCAAACAGAUUUGGCUCAAUACAUGAUUCAGCAUCCUGGCGGACUUCACUCGUACAACAUUAGGCUCUUUAUGUUUCAGUUGCUGCGAGGAUUGUCUUACAUUCACAGCAGAAGAAUUCUGCAUCGAGACCUCAAACCUCAGAAUUUGCUCAUCAGUUAUUUGGGGGAGCUCAAAUUAGCAGAUUUUGGUCUGGCCCGAUCUAAGUCCAUACCUUGCCAAACAUACUCAGCCGAGGUCGUGACUUUAUGGUACCGCCCGCCAGAUGUUCUCAUGGGCUCCACUGAUUACUCCACAGCCCUGGACAUCUGGGGAGCUGGCUGCAUUUUUAUCGAGAUGCUACAGGGGUCACCAGCGUUUCCUGGAGUAGCUGAUGUCUUUGAGCAGCUGCUGAAGAUUUGGGCUGUCCUCGGGGUGCCGACCGAGGAGAGCUGGCCAGGUGUCAGUGAUCUGCCAAACUAUAAACCAGAGUGGUUCCUGCACUGCAAGCCCCAGCAAUUUCGAGAUGUCUGGAAAAGACUCGCUCAGUUACCCUAUAAGACGGAGGAUCUGGCCCAGCAGAUGCUGAUGAUGACUCCAAAGGACAGGAUUUCAGCCCAGGAUGCAUUGCUGCACCCAUAUUUCAACACUCUUCCACCUCCGUUAAUGCAUCUAAGGGACACUGUGUCCAUCUUUAAGGUGCCAGGGGUGAGGUUAGAGACGGAAGUGAGGGAUAUCUUCAGCCCCAGCAGACGAAUGAAAUCGCCUCUUGCUCCGCUGGCCAAGUGCUGGUGAAAGUCUCGCCUUUGUAAAUAGUUGGUGUGCUCGUAAGACCAAAACCACACCAGCAUGAGUAAACGUGACCCUGUUGCAGCAUGGCGCUCAGUUUGUAUGUUGUUUAUUCAGAUCUUCAUCAGCUUAAUCAAAUAUAUUUAUGAAAGAAUAUCAGAUUCUCUUUCAUAACAUUCAUGUUUUUUACAGUUUGGACCAGUAUUACCUAAAACAAGUUUUAUGGUCGAUCAUGACAAUACAAGUCAAAGCUAUAUUUCAUACAUUCUAUUUUGGGAUCCCUAUCAUACUUAUUUUUUAAAGUAAUUUAUAGGAGUGGGUGCAUCCUGAUGUUGCAAACUGGUAAUUGUUGUAUUAUUUAAAUGUAUUAUCAUAAUCAUAAACACCAGUUUGUUGCACAAAUAGUUUUACCAUUUACUGCUUUAAGCUAAUGAAUCUGAAGUCUUAAGUUGGAUAGCAUCAUAUUUAUUGAAAGAGGAUCACAUAUGUUUGCUUUUCUGCCUCUCAGCAAACUGAUGUCCAGAGAAUGUUUACUGCACACUUUCAUUGUGAAUACGUUUAAAUUAAAUGCACUUAUUAAUUUUAUACGUAAUUUAAUUUUUGUAUAUUUUGCACAGAAAAGCGAUGAAGAGUGUGCGAGAGAGAUGAUUUGGGAAUACGAUAUGAAAAUAUGUGGAAGAAUAUACCUACUAAUCUUUCAAAGCUCUAUUGUGUAGUGUCCAGGUAAAAAAAAAAGACUUGUAUGCAUUCAUAAAACACACCUGGAGAGAGUCUCACCUGAAAUUACCUGUUUUUGUACAGCACAUACUCAUAUUUCUCUUCUACGCUGAUGGCCACUUUGUCGAAACAUGUUCAGAACUGUUUUUAGCUAUGUUUGUAUCAAGUUCAUAAUUAAUAGUUUCUGUAUCUUUACAUUUUUUAGCCAUGUCUGUAUAUGAUGUUGAGAUUCAAAACAUGUGCUGCUUCUACGUCAAUGUUCUAAAGGAGAGAAGUACAGCAAUAUUGAUCACCAACAUAAAAAAAAUAAUAAUACUUUCAAAUAAUAGAAACAAUCACAUUGCCAGUCACUCAAUGCUGAUGUCGUAAAUGGAUGUUCCAGAGUACUUCCACACACUUCACCAUAAUGCAAUACUGUGAAAUCUGGGUAUGUGUUCAUAUAAUUGUAUACAAUCCCACUGUGUCUUGACUUCUGAAUAAAUAUUGUAAAAAUGACACCAGUGAAUAAAUAAAACGGUAAAAAUAUAUAUAAUUUUA